UAUUUAAAAUGGAGACGCACAUUUCGUGCCUCUUUCCGGAGAUUUUAGCUAUGAUCUUCAGUUACUUGGAUGUCAGGGACAAAGGCAGGGUUGCUCAGGUCUGUACGGCUUGGAGGGACGCUGCUUACCACAAGUCGGUCUGGCGAGGGGUGGAAGCGAAGUUACAUUUAAGGAGGGCCAACCCUUCCCUGUUCCCGAGCCUACAGGCCCGGGGAAUCCGGAGAGUGCAGAUUCUCAGCCUGCGGCGCAGCCUGAGCUACGUGAUCCAGGGGAUGCCAAAUAUCGAGAGUCUAAACCUCAGUGGCUGCUACAACUUAACCGACAACGGCCUUGGACACGCUUUCGUGCAGGAAAUCCCGUCUCUGCGCGUCCUGAACCUCAGCCUGUGCAAGCAGAUCACGGACUCCAGCCUCGGGAGGAUCGCCCAGUAUCUGAAGAGCUUGGAAGUUCUGGAGCUUGGGGGCUGUAGCAAUAUCACCAACACCGGGCUGCUGCUGAUAGCGUGGGGCUUGCACAGACUCAAGAGCCUCAACCUGCGCAGCUGCAGGCACGUCUCCGACGUUGGCAUCGGUCACCUGGCUGGCAUGACCCGGAGCGCGGCCGAGGGCUGCCUGAACUUGGAAUACCUGACGCUGCAGGACUGCCAGAAGUUGACGGACCUGUCGCUCAAGCACAUCUCCAAAGGCCUGGCCAAGCUCAAAGUGCUCAACUUGAGCUUCUGUGGUGGCAUCUCGGACGCGGGCAUGAUCCACCUGUCCCACAUGACCAGCCUCUGGAGCCUCAACUUGAGGUCCUGCGACAACAUCAGUGACACUGGCAUCAUGCACCUGGCCAUGGGCACGCUGAGGCUGUCCGGGCUGGACGUCUCCUUCUGCGACAAGAUCGGCGACCAAAGCUUGGCGUACAUCGCCCAGGGUUUGUACCAGCUCAAAUCUUUGUCCCUGUGCUCCUGUCACAUCAGUGACGAUGGCAUCAACAGGAUGGUGCGGCAGAUGCACGAAUUGAGGACCCUAAACAUCGGCCAGUGCGUUCGGAUCACAGACAAAGGGCUUGAGCUCAUUGCCGACCAUUUAACGCAGCUCACGGGCAUAGACCUUUAUGGAUGUACAAAAAUCACUAAAAGGGGGCUAGAGAGGAUAACGCAGCUCCCCUGCCUUAAAGUUUUGAACCUGGGACUCUGGCAGAUGACAGAGAGCGAAAAAGUGAGGUGAAAUUUGCAAGGGGGGGGUGGGGGUAAACACUCAAAUAAUGAUCUCCUAUUGGUCGGACUUCAAGUUGGAAGGAGUUAAUAUUUGAAUAACAUUGUAAAACUUCAAAACUGUGACUUAUUUUCUAACACUGCAAAAUCAAAACAUUUUUUUUUCAUGGCUUUUAUUCUGUCUGUGCCUGUAAUUUUAAACAGAAAAGAUGCCAUUAUUUCUCCAGUAAUCCAUUGUUUUAAACUUUUUAAAUAUUUGAAGCCAUUUUAUUGUUUAAAAAAAAGAAAAAAGAAAAACAGAUCCCACAAAUGUAAUAUUUCUGAAAACAAACAUUUUAGGCUACCUCGUGUUUUUUAUUUUUAACCCUGUAAUUUCUUUUAGAAAAAAGACUGAGGAAUGAAAUUGUGCCUAGAUUGAAAGAAUUCCCAUCCCCCACAGUCUGUCGCUCCAGACUUAAAAAAAAAAAAAUUAAACUACCUUUUGCUUUUUGUUCUUCCCUUUUAUAUAUAGUUGUUUUAAUCGAUUUAGUUCUGUUUCGAAGCACAUAACGUAGAUUUAAAAACGAAAAAAAAGUGUAUGCAAAACUAAAACAAAUCCCAUGACUGAAUUUGCUUACAAGCCUGUUUUCUUGUUGUAGCACAGCCUUUAAUGAAUGCUUUGAAUGAUAAGGGAACACUUCAGCUAUCCUUUUGUCGUAUAUAUAAGCAGAUUUUAUAAUUAAAAGCUGUAAUCCAGAGCACCAUACUUCAAAUUGAAGUGAUUUUUAAAAAUUGGCCCAUUUUUAAGUCCGUUGUUUCUUGCUUAGCGGGUGGUUGCACUUGUCAACAGUACGGUCUCGCAUUAGAAACCGGUUGGUUUCUUGUUAAAAUAAAUAAAUAAAUAAUUACAAAAUAAAUAAUUAAAAUAGGUGGAUUCAUCUAGUGCUAGGCCGUGUUUUGGUUAAAACAAAAUGGGGUGAAAAAAAGAUGAGAUUUAACUGAAGAAGAAAUUAUUGAUUUGUGUGGGCUAAUAACAAGCAAAUGCCUGUCAGGCUUCUGUUCUGUACUGAUGUUGACACAUGCAACAACGAAGUCCUGCUGACCAGCUACUGAUGGGAUUGUACUGUAAUGUGAAUUUUGUUAAAAAAAAACAAAAAACAAAAAAAAAACUAAAUCUAAAAACUGAAAUACAAAAUGAAAUCGUUUUAUAUUCUUACAGUAAACCUUAAAAAAAUCUGAUAUUUAUAUAAUAAAGACGGGAAAUAUGAAGUAUGUUUUGGAGAAAAAAAAAAACGCUUGUGUUGAUUCCUUUAUUUUUCAUUUUUAGGCUUAUUUUAGCUCAAAGAGCCAGCUGCCCAACGUUUCGAUAUGUUGUACAUAUCUUUCU